AUGGGAGGCGGCGGCGGCAGAGGCAGAGGAGGUUCUCGCACUCAGAGACGCCACUUCCGUCAAAACAGAGAGAACGUUUGGAAGCGUCCCAAGUCUGACCCUUCCUCUGAGAACAACCCUGAAAACAAUGGUGAAAAUCGUGGCUGGCAGCCCUUUGCCACUCAGAAUCCCGCAUUCGAUGAAUAUUAUAAGGAGCAAGGGAUAGUGACCCCAGAAGAAUGGGAUGGAUUCAUUGAAGUUCUUCGAAAGCCGUUGCCUGCUGCUUUUAGAAUCAAUUCAAGUAGCCAAUUUUGUUCGGACAUCCGAACCCAGUUGGAGAAUGACUUUAUGAUAUCUCUUCAAGCUGAGGUAAGUGAGGGGGGUGAACUGGUGCCUAUUAGGCCAUUGCCUUGGUACCCUGAGAAUCUUGCUUGGCAUUCCAAUUUUUCUCGCAUGCAGCUGAGGAAGAACCAAACACUUGAGAGGUUUCAUGAGUUCUUAAAGCUUGAAAAUGAGAUUGGAAACAUCACAAGACAGGAGGCUGUCAGCAUGGUACCUCCUCUAUUCCUUGAUGUACGUCCAGAUCAUUUUGUACUUGAUAUGUGUGCUGCACCAGGUUCAAAAACAUUCCAAUUGCUUGAGAUUAUACACCGAUCAACAAAACCCGGAUCCCUACCUGAUGGACUGGUUGUAGCAAAUGAUCUUGACGUCCAAAGAUCACUUUCCUGGAUGCCGUUUAAAAAAAAAUGUUCUACUGCUUCUGAAAUAGGAGCUGAAAAGGAGCCACCCAUCAGCCAACUUGUCUUUGAUCGUGUUUUAUGUGAUGUCCCUUGCAGUGGUGAUGGUACCCUUCGCAAGGCUCCUGAUAUCUGGAGGAAAUGGCAUGUUGGAUUGGGCAAUGGGGUCCAUCCUCUACAAGUUCAGAUAGCUAUGCGAGGUUUAUCUUUGCUUAAAGUUGGCGGAAGAAUGGUUUACUCUACCUGCUCCAUGAAUCCAGUUGAGAAUGAGGCUGUGAUUGCUGAGAUUUUGCGGAAAUGUGAAGGGUCUGUUGAGCUUAUUGAUGUCUCUAGUGAGCUUCCUCAACUUGUUCGGCGGCCAGGUCUUAAAAAGUGGAAGGUACGUGACAAGGGUAGGUGGUUAGUUUCCCACAAAAAUGUCAGCAAAUAUCGCAAAUCUGUCAUUGUUCCCAGCAUGUUUCCUUCUGGAAGAAGUUUUACAGAACCAACGGAUCAUAAUGGUAGUAUGGAAGUGGAAGAAAAGCAUGAGAAUGGUGGAAAUGGAAGUGCUGAAGAUGCAUUGGAGUCAAGUGAUGAUCCUGCAACUCUAGCCAAUGAACAAGAUGAGGAAGUUUCUGAUUUUCCACUAGAACGCUGCAUGAGGAUAGUGCCGCAUGAUCAAAAUGGUGGAGCGUUCUUCAUUGCUGUCUUCCACAAACGCUCUGAUUUGCCAGCCAAUCAGGGAAAACCUAAUAGUCUGGAAGGGGAAUUGGGCCCUAGGAAUGAUGAGCCACAGGUACAAUUACAAAAUCAGAGUACUGAAGAUACAAAUGGGAUUGUGGCUAGUUUGGCAGAUGGUACAGAUGAGACAUUUUCUGAAGCAGCUUCAGAGGCAGAGUUGAUAAAGGAUGAACUAGAUGGGGAUUCUUUGGAACUUGAUCCAUCCGUUACAUGUGAAGAAAAUGUAAAUGUAUCAGAGGAAGCCCAAGCGCCUAGUGAUAAGGAAAUUGAUCCCAAGAAAGCUGGAGGAAAGAGGAAGUUGCAGACUCAAGGCAAGUGGAGAGGUGUUGACCCUGUUGUUUUCUUUAAAGAUGAAGCCACCAUCAAUAGCAUAAAGACAUUCUAUGGCAUUGAUGAAUCAUUUCCCUUUAAUGGCCACCUUGUCACAAGAAACAGUGAUGCUAAUCAUGUGAAGAGAAUUUACUACGUCUCAAAGUCAGUCAAAGAUGUUCUUGAACUGAAUUUCUCUGUUGGACAACAACUUAAGAUAACCUCCAUUGGGCUAAAGAUGUUUGAACGACAAACUGCAAGAGAAGGAAAUUUGGCUCCUUGUUCAUUUCGGAUAUCAUCAGAAGGAUUGCCACUUAUUCUUCCAUACAUCACCAAACAGAUUGUAUAUGCAUCCCCGGUGGACUUUAAGCAUCUUCUUCAAUAUAAAAGUAUCAAGUUUGCAGAUUUUGUAGAUGCUGAGCUCGGUCAGAAAGCAUCGGGCUUAAUGUCAGGAUGCUGUGUAAUAGUUUUGAGGAAAGAUGGCAAAGCCUCGUCGGAUUCCAUUGAAGUAGAUGAGUCAACAAUAGCCAUUGGAUGCUGGAAAGGUAAGUCCAGUUUGUCUGUGAUGGUCACUGCAAUUGACUGCCAAGAACUGCUAGAAAGGCUUUUGAUGCGCAUGGAAACCGAGAAGGGAUCUGCGGAGAAGGAAGACAAAGCCUCUAAUGCCAAGGAGGAUGAGGAACAGGACAUAAAGGAUAUGGAAAAGAAUGGUGACGAGGAAAGUAUCACACUGGAAACUGAGGGUUAA